UGGAUAGAAACGGCACUAACUAGACUGCAGAACCUUAUAAUACUGUCACCAUGCUAGAAAGAAGGUAGAAGAAAGGAUGGGAGUUUUAAUUUUAAAUUCAUUUAACUUUCUAAAUAUUCUUUGAUUGACAAAAUUACAAACAAACUGGGACCGUCUCAUCAGAUGAAUCAGGCUCUUUUUUUUCCUUUAACCGUUUCCCCAACAGGAUACCUUUAUUUUGUUUCCAGUUUGGGAUUGAUCAUACAUUGUUUUUUGUUUUUGUUUUAUGAGAAACCUACCUCCAUAACACAGCGUCACACAAAGGGAUCCACAGACAACAGACGCAUUUUGAAUUUGCAUGCCAUAAAAAGGGUAUUCGUAUAUUUUUAACGAAAUGGCAACAGCAGCCCGUGUGGACCAUUUUGCAGCAGAGUGCCUUGUAUCAAUGUCCAGCCGUGCGAUUGUCCAUGGUCCAAAAGGGAAUAUAGAUAUCAAACCAGAAGUAAUGUCAGCCCCGAGAAACGGAGAGGAUACUAAUGAAGCAAAUAAAGACCCACUGCUGAAAGAUAACUCGUCUCUCUUUGUGGUGGCCAGAAUUUUGGCUGACCUAAACCAGCAGACCCCCAGCAAUCAUGCAGAUCAGGCAAAAAUAAAAGAAGAAAACAACCCAAAAACCCCUCCCAGAGAAGAUGCCGGGUUUCAAAGUGUCUCCUUGCCCAGCAAACGUGAUGGAAACACUGCCACACCUACCAUCUACACCGACCCCGGUCCCAAACAAAGAAACAAGCGUGGGAGAAGCCGAAUUGAGCACGAAUCUCCCCAGAAAAAGCACAAAUGCCACUAUUCAGGUUGUGAAAAAGUUUAUGGCAAAUCGUCCCAUCUUAAAGCCCACCUCAGGACACAUACAGGUGAGCGCCCCUUUCCGUGCACCUGGCCCAACUGCAGCAAGAAGUUUGCCCGAUCGGACGAGCUUGCCCGCCACUACCGCACCCACACCGGAGAGAAGAAGUUCGGCUGCCCGCUGUGUGAGAAGCGCUUCAUGCGCAGUGACCACCUGAUGAAGCACGCCCGGCGCCACGCCGAUUUCGAGCCUGGCAUGCUCAAGAGGCCCCACAGCGCUGGCACCCGCACGGGCUCCCUCAGCGACUACAGCCGCUCGGAUGCUUCCAGCCCCACCCUCAGUCCAGCCAGCUCGCCUUAAGCCCUCCUUGCACUGGACGCCCGCACUUUUGCCUCGGCCCGACACUUACGUUGCACGUUUUGUGAGCACCCCUCUGCUGUUAAUCUGCUUACUGUACUGUACUGCAUACGUAGCUGCCUAAUAUUAGUGCAAUCUCUCGGGCAAAUACUCUCCAACCUCUCCUGGCUUCUGGAUGUAUUUCUAGCUCUAUAAUUGUAGUGCUUUUGUUUUUUUUAGUUUUUUUUUCCCUGUUUUAUAACUUUGCUUCAGAGAUCUGUUAAAGGUAUAUUUAAAUGUAUUUUAAACAAACAAACAAACAAACAAAAAAAAACAAAAAAAUAAUCAUGUCUACACCUCAGGAUAACUUAUAACUGAUUGCACAAUACAAGCAUCACUUUACUCUUUGAAAUUCAGCUGUGUUUGAAUUUUGUUCCCCUCUCAGGGAUGGCCUAUCAUGUUGAAAGAAUGAACACAAUGAAGAUACACCCUUACUACAGCCUUACAGUCAACAAGAUUUGCACUCUUGACCUUUUUUUUUUUUUUUAAUUAUUUUUUGUUUAGUUACAGUUAGUUUUCACGCUGUCGAGGAAAACUAGCACUGGAAUUAUUAUUAAGUUAAUCUAAGGGUUUUUCAUAUUAGAAAUAAUACUUACCAGACAAAAGUGGGGGACUAAAGGAAAUAAAGGACCACUUGCUGAUACUUUUGCGACUGGAAAUAACACACCUUUUUUUAUUUUCAUUUCAACAAAACAUUUCUCUGGGCCCAAGAGAUUCGGUUCAGGCUUGUGGCAACCCAAACCACAAUGCCUUGACACAGGUCUAUAUGGUAUUUAAAGGGAAUUCCUUCACUCUGUAAGGAAUCAUAGGUUAAACAAUGGUCUAUUUUCAUUUGUAAAAGCUGACGAACCUGAUCAAAUUUCUGCCUGUUGGAAAGCAGCUGUUUCAUAGUUUUAAAACAUACAGAUGAAAUGCUUUUUAUUACUGGGAAGGAGGCGAGACCUUAUUCAUCAGACUAGCCGAACAAUCAUGUUCCCUUUUCUACAAGAAUCGGCUGCACUUGAAUAUUAGAGUAGCACUGACUUUCAUUUCGUUUUCCUAUGCACAUCUCUACCUUUGGUUUUGCAGGUGUUGAACAGGACCAUCUGUAGAAUUAUCCUACUCAACUACCCUAUUUUAGCUUCUUAGUCAACUUUGUUGGGUCACUGCUCGCAUUUGUAAAUACCUGUAUCCCACAAGGAAUAAUUUACAGCAUACAAAGAGGAAUUUAAGUUUUAAAGCUCCUGAUUUCUGCUUUUCAUGCAGCAGGAAUUCAAAAUCUAAAGCCAAAAGGAAGGCAUGAUGCAAUUUUAUUAAAUUUGCAAAAGCAGUGCCAAAUCAUUACAGCUUUCUGAAUCAUGCUAAUUUGUUGUUCUCUCUCCCCAUCAAUUUUUAAACUUGUUGGAAAAAAAUAAAUAAAUAAAUCAGUGAUUUAAUUAAUGAAGGUACCCCUCAGGCAUGAAAAAUUGAUUGCUUGGGCCCAAUGCUUGCAGAAGAAAGUUAUAGAGAAUUAAGACUCUCUUGGAAUGAAGGGGAAGGUAAUUGUUGCCAAGACGAAUAUAUGAAACCUUUCUCAGUGCUUCAUUAACUACAAGGAAAAAUGUGGGAAUUCAAUUAAUUAUUUACAGUAAAAUACUUUUUUGUUUUUGUUAAAGGAGUCAAUUUUCUUACCUCUUAGCACUAAUAAAUUUGUCCCUCGUCUCCCUUUUGUUUUGUUGAAUAUCUUGUGCUUGUAUUUUACACUUCAAUUUGGAAUAUGCAGAUAUUUCAAAGACAAUGCUUUAGAAGUAAGUUACUGCUGCAUGUGACCUAAAGAAGAGGAAAUGAUAUCAGAAAGAAACCAUUUAAAUAAAAAAAAUGAUCUGUAGAUCCUGAAUGUAAGAGGAGAAGAAGCAAAAUAAUAGGGAGAUCUUCAAUGCUAGAAAAGAGGGAUAAUUUUGCUCAUUUAAAGAACGUGUAAACCUUUGCUUAUGAGGGGCGGAAUGAAGGAAUGUCCAGUACAGUGUCUACACACAAAGGAAAAAUAAUAAAAUAUAAAGCACAUCACAGGCCUAUUCAAAUUAGCAUCUAAUUUGGCAUAACUGUGGUGGUUGUUUUGUCACAGAGGAACAUGGAAAAGGAUUACCUUUCAAUCUGAUUGAUUAACAAGGGGAAUGGGUGACUCUCAUUUUGUUGGUCUGAAAAAAUAACACAUCACCCCUUCUCCUUGGUUUUUCGAGGACCAAUAUGACUACACACUGCUGUAUGAUUUAUUCUAUACGGUACUUUUAUAAUACGCUGUAAUCACAAAUGCUUUCAGACAGGAUGAGCAUUAAAGGGCAGAUAUUGUGAGAAGGAUACAUGGAGUCAGUAAUGGAAUAGAAUACCAGUCAUUCAAAAGGAAUUUAGUUUUGGAAACUAUCAAAUAGCAGCUUUCAAACCAUGACCAUAGACAUCUGAAUUCUGAAUUUGCUUCUAUACAAAUGCAUGUAGUGUAUUUGCCCUAGAGAGUACUUUUCAAGGGUUUAAAAAAGUGAAAUAUUUAGUGGAUGCAUAGUACAUAUACUUUUUACUGUCAACAAGUCUGUGAAUUAACAGAAUUGUGAAAGGACCUUUGGUGCAAACAGAUUUGUUCUGAUAAGAAUUUGCUCUCUGGGUCCUUAAGGUGUUGGUGAGUCUAGGCUGUCAGGGCCUGCCAAGUCCCCACUGCUAUUGUGGUGCUGCACGCCCUCGUUAGAGACAGGAGAGAAGUGGGAAUAGUACCUCAGCUGUAAACUGAGAGGAAUGCUUCUCAUGAAGGAAGCAGGUGUGAGUGUGUGUGUGAAUGGGCUGCCUUGUCUGUGUGCCUCCCCCAAGGGCCUCUCCUCUGGGCCACCAAAAGGCACAUAAUCAGCUCUUUUAUUUGUGUUUUAUAAGCCAACUCCUCUUACAAAAAUAUACUGCAAUAAACUGCAGCAUGACACAGCAUUUAAGAGCACAGUAAUGUUGUGUUGCUCUCUGGUGAAGUAAUACUGCAGGAGAAACGCCAACUUGAGUAUGCUUGUGUCCUAAUUACCAUGUAUCUUAUCUAGAACCUUUGGUCCCAUAGCCAAUGACUUCAGGCCCCAUGGCUAUAAACCAGUUUGAUCUAGAAAACAAGACACUGAAGGCAGUCCUUGAUAGUACAAGCUAAGGGAAUUAUUCCAGGAAUGAUGAAAGGAGGAACAAACUGGAAUAUGAAAUCCUAAUCCUCAGAUCAAACUGAUCCCAAAGCAGACUUGGUGGGCACUGUUCAAAUCCAACUAAAGACUCUCACAAUUUGACAGUUAUUAGACUGUUUCUUCAUGUGUCUUCAAAUACCUCUUUUCUUAAGUGUUUUGAAAUUCUUUUUAGAUUGGUAUUUAAACCCAGCUCAGUAACACUUUACAAGUGGGCUGGAACGAGGCUGUUCAUAUGACAAAUUGAUCAUGAAUUGAUGAUAGCUUCUUUGGAAUUAAAUCGGAAAUACUGUUUUAGUUCAUCAAGUUUCCCGUAAUUAACCCAUACGUAUCCUUUCAGAAUAUCACCAUUUCAAAAAACAGCAUAUUGGGUGCUGUUGCUUAGUCUGCAUUAAAGCAAGUAUUUUUGUAACCGUAGAAACAGCAACCACCGUGUUUUCAACUAUUAGCCUUUUCACUGGUUAAAUAUAUAGUUCAGCAAUAUGUCCUUUUAAUGUAGGUAUUCACACAACAGAGAACUACAUUUUGACUCCAGACUUGCAACAGGCACUUUCUUUUUUAUCAGCAUUUUAAGUAAUGGGCAUUAUGGGCCUUUUUUGCAAAGCUUUACGGACCGUUUUAAGUAAUAUUUUUUAAGGCCUGUUUUUUAUAGAGUGUUAAUUUGUAAUUUAAUAUAUCAAAUGUGCUUUAAAAAACAAUUCUUAACAAAACAAUUCUCUAAAAUGGUCCUUUGUGAAUUGGGCCCCGUAUUUCAGGUGGUCCUUUAUUCCCCCUUGGGUAGAUCUAAUAGGUUCUUGUUUAUUUAACAGCUACAGUGUUUCAGGGGGGUGUACCAUGUAUCCAAGUAUAUAUUAUUAUUAUUAUUAUUAUUAUUAUUAUUAUUAUUAUUAUUAUUAUUAUUAUUUUAAUAAAAGGCCUAUCCGCUUUCAGUAGGGAGCUGUCAUGUUAUUGUACAAAGAACCACGAAUGAACAGAAAUGCAAAAAUUGACUGAAAAGAGAUGGGUAUUUUCUUUUAAAAUCUAAUGUAUAUGUGUGUUUUAUAUUUACCUGUUGUUGGUUUAUCAUACAAUUUCUAGGUCAGUAUGAAAUCUGGGGAAACACUGUUUUUAUUUUGUGUUUUGUAACUUACAAUUUGUCUACUGGAGAAGCCAUUUUGGCAGCAUGCAGAGUGGUUUCAAUGCAUUUGACAGUGUCUCGCUGGGUUAAACAAACCCAAACCCAAGUUGUGCCACCUUCUCCUGAAACUAAAACUCCCUUUUGAAGCUACUUAUUGGAGGGUGUGCUAAGGCUUAUGACAAAGAAAGGAAUUCUCCAAGCUUUUAAAUUCAGGCAACUAUUUUCUUGUUAUGCUUUUUUUAUGUUUUUGUUUUGUUUGUUUUUUUGUAAAUGUGUAUUCAAUAGCUUUGAACAGAUUUAAUCCACUUCAUACUGUAUUCAGUAUACUCCGAGACCAUAGCAUUGUGAAGUAGUAUAGCGCCAUCUCAUUUUUAUGUUUUUUAUUGGCUAGGUAAAAAAAAAAAAAAGAGGGUCCAGGAGUUAUAUGUUUGUACAGGAUAACACAUGUAUUUGGUUAAUACAACAAGACUCCAGUUUACCAUGCUUAAAUCAAAUUUGACGACCAUUUCUUUCUCUUCCCAAGCUCGCUUUCUGAAGCGAAAACAGUUUGAAUUCUGGUUUUGGUCUGCAAAUAGUGACCACACAAAUUUUAGUCUAUUAGUGGUGCUGCACCCCUCAUCCCAGCACAGUAAUAUAAUCGGUGAAAUUAACUUUUUACUCUGAGACGACAAGGAAUGUGCACAACCUUACAGUCAGCUACUUAGAAGGUCUGAAAGGAUUUUUAAAUGGACUCUGCCCUCAGCUUUAACAUUUUUAGUAUUAUUUUACCAAAAUAAAUUCCAAAAAACUUGCUUUAAAACGUCCCUGUAUAAAAUUUUAACCUGUAUUCGUAUCCAAUACAUUCUGUUAGUUUACAUCCUUAUCAUUAUUCACUUAUGAAAUGUAUAAGGUGACCAUGUGGCUCCGUGUUCAGUGGGACAGUUUGGAGUAGUUCAGGCUUUUCAACUCACAGCCCAGUGCAUUCUGGUAAGCGUAGUCCUGCUUCUCUUAAAGGAAAGAAUGGUACCUGAGACAGGUAAAACGUACCAGAAUGCACUGGGUUGCCAUUUGAAAAGCCUGAACUGUCCCAGCUGAACACACAGCCAUAUGGUCACCUUAGAAAUGUAUGGGGUUUAUGUUAAACAUGGUCUGGCACUUAGAAGCCAUUUUGGUGGUAGUUGUGUUUUAAUUCAAACUUUUAAAAAAAUUAACAGAAAGCUGUGAUCUAAAUGAAAAACACUAGCUAAUAAUAAUAAUAAUAAUAAUAAUAAUAAUAAUAAUAAUAAUAAUAAUAAUAAUAAUAAACAAUUACCAAAAAUCCGCGGAUGAAAAAAUAUUUAAAAUAUUUGAUGGUGCCACAUUGUACUUAAUUAAACACGUCUUUAUUUCCAUUACAUUAAAUAACAAACAAAUACAAAUUACAAUAAUCCAAAUUUGUCGGCACAAGAAAUGCUCUAGUUUUGUAGGUGUGCGUGUGUUUUGUUAUACGUAUGUACAGCACUGUGUAUGUAGGAUAGGGUAUGUCUUUGUCCCUUGCAUUUAGAAUUCUUUGGCUUGAUACAACUGGGAUUUGUGUCUAACCAACCCAUUGGGUUCAGGUGGGUCUAGUUUGAAACAUUUAGAAUGUAGUGUAUGUUUCUAUACAAUAAACUUUGCAGUUGUGUGUGUCAUAGCUCUACAAACCUGUAGAUUUGAAUCUUCUGUUCUUUUCAAAGUGAAUGCAUACCCAUUCCAAAGGAUUACAUUUAAUCUGUUUGCUGCUUUGCAUUAAAGCAACUUGUCAUUGUUUUUGUAUUGUUUGUACUGUACUUUUGACUAUGAGCUGUGAGCAGUAGAUUUAGGUACUUUUUAAUUGCAGUUUUAACACAUUUCUUGUUCUGUGUAUUUGAUUAAAUUUUUUUUUUCUUUCUUUCAUAUAUAUAUAUAUAUAUAUAUAUAUAUAUAUAUAUAUAUAUAUAUAUAUAUAUAUAUAUAUAUAUAAACUUUACCUAUGUAGCAGGCUGGUCCGUUGUUUGGAAAUCGAUUGAAAUACAAUUAGUGUAUUAAAAGUUGGCUUAAAGGGAAUUUUUUCAGUUAAAUUAUUUUUUUUUAGAUGUACAAAAACAGGCUUUUGAUAUUGGUUUAAAAGCACCUUUUUUUUUUUUUUUGGUUUGUUUAAAAAAAAAAAAAAAAAAAAAAAAUUGCUACAGUUUGAUAUUGUGAUUGACGUGCUUGGUGAUGUGCUGAAAUAACGUUUUGGUAAUAAAAAUGCAAUGAUUUUACCAGUCAGGUUUUUUUCAGGAAUACAGAUUACUGUAGUUAUAUAGUGUUUAUUUUAUAGGAAGUGUGACAUGUCUAUGUAACCAAUAUAUAAUUCUUUAAGUGAGUUAAAAGACUAACUCCUGAUUUAAACAACAAAACAUUUAUAGUAUCACAGCCUCUACUGGUACUAUAGUUUAGAUUACAUUCAGGCCUAGACUUCAAGUGGGAAGGAUGUAAAAAGGAAAGCAUCUCUGAUUGUACUCCAGCUUUCAUCUGUUAAGCUUCUUUCUAAUAAACUCAUUGAGCUAAUAUGGCUAUUCUACCAACUGAGCAUGGGAUUGUUAAUGCCUGCCUUGUUCCAUUAUAAAAUGCAAAUUUAAUUUAGAAACUCAAAACCACCUGAACGAAAAACAAAAUGAUUUCAAAGUACCAACCAGCUUUCAAACGUUUGCUGGCACCUGAGAGUUUUUCCCAUGUAAAUGUAUGAAAUAUAUAAACUUACAAUAAUUUGGGCGGUUUAGAAUCUGUAUCACCGUGAGAUAAACUGUGCAGAAAUAUAGAUUGUUAUAUGACUAAGAAAUACAGCAUUACCGGUUUAAAAUAAAAAAAAGUAUAAUUAAUAAAGGGCCAGACAUGGGUACUAAUACAAGUCCUCCUAAAGUUUGUUGUGGGGUAUGGUACUGAAGAGUGCUAUGAAAAGGAUCUUUCACAAUCAGAAUAAUCAAUUAGUGGUUUAUUAAUAACAAAAAUAAGUGCCCUACACAAACUGCAUUUCUUUCCCCAUGUUAGCGAAUUCCAGCAUCUUCUUUAAUAUCUUGCAAGCAGAAUUGCAUAUUACUUAAUAAUGAACAAAGCCUGCUUUUUAAGGAAUUGUUUUAUAAUUUUGAAUUCACCAUGCGAUGCCUGUUUUAGUGACCUGCCGGUGCUGCUGUUUUUUUAAAAAUGUGUGAAGCACCAGUGUUACUUGCUUUGUAAUUUUAACUUCUGCUUAAUGUGGGCCAGUUUUAUUUUCCAUAAAGACAUCCAAUGUGCAGUGUAUCAUAUUUUUUCAAUCAACCAAAAUCACUACAUUGAAGUAUUACAGUUGUACAGUUCCAUAGAUUAUAUGUACAUAUAAAUGUGCUGGUCUGUUGUUUCUCUGCUGUACCUUUUUAUUAUGUAUGUAUUUUUUACUUGGUAGAUUAUAUAUUGUGACUAUGUCCUAUGCAAAAGAAAAUUAACAGAAUUGUAACAUAUUUUUUGUUGUCUUAACUUGUAUGCAUGAAUUAGUGAAGUUUACAUUUGGAAAUAAAUUCUUAAAUAAGAA